GUAGACUUUCUACUUGCCAAAGCUCUCUCCCCUCUUCUCUCAAUUUUCUUUCUCACAUUUUUCCGUGAUAAUUUUCCAAGCCCUUCAUUUAGAUUUCCGUAAUCAGAACCCUCCGAUCCUAAACAACAUGAAGAAAUCAGGGAUCCUGGCCGCGGCCUCGGUCGCCGCAGCUUCAGCCACGGUGAUCUCUUCUCCGCCGUCUUCUUCGACCCUCGUAACCAACUCCAAAUCACAAAGAUCUCGCGAGGGUGUUUCGAGCGAUAAUAGUGAGAAUUCAAGGGCUUCUUCGGAUAAAUUUGCACCCAGAUUCGAUGGACUGAGAUUUAUUGAAACGCUUGUCACGGCUCAUAGAUAAGCUUCAUUUUGAUGACCCCAAUGUCUAUUAGGCUAAUCUCUCUCUCUCUCUCUUAAUUGUAACUAUUACAGUAACAAAGUAAUCAAGAUUUACAACGUUUUUGGUAGAUUAUGAGGGAGAUAAAUGAGUUGAAUUGUACUGAA